UUCUGACCGGAUACGAACAUCGUUGGUCUGCUUUGUUGCAAAUUUAAAAAAGUUAAAUUUACAAUUGGCGGGAAAAAUGACAGCUAACGGAAAAUCUCAUGGAAAUGACUCGUCAUUUUCUAUGGAAGUAAAUAAAAGAGCGCAAGGGCUAAUAGCAAAGAGAGCAAAAGCAUAUUUACGUGCAGUUGAAAAGAGUCAAUGUCAGGUGCCUACAGUUCAAAAAACGGGGCUUCCCCGAUUGGAGUCCUUACAAAGGGUCGCACACAUACCUAUAGUCGAGUCUGGGAUUGGCGUCACUGAAAAAAUCUAUUCAAGGAUAAGGGAAUCAAACCCUCUAAUCCGCUGGUACCUCACCCUGGGCGAGAAAUCCUUCGAUAUCGGAGUGCAACUCGCGCUACCAGCGGUCCACUUGCUUGAGACGCCCAUACACCAGCUCGAUAGGUUCCUCUGCAAGUCGCUGGAUGUGGUCGAGAAACGGGUCCCAUCAAUAUAUCUGCCGCCGCAGGCUAUGUACACCGAAACCCGUCAAUUCGUGCUGCGUAGAACGGAAUCAGUGAAGCAGCUCGGUACAGCUGUGCUGGACUCGCGCGUUACCGCGGUGACGGCCACGGCGCUGGACCGCGCGCUCACUACCGCGGACAAGUACGUGGACAGAUACCUGCCGCCGGACUACCAGGAUGCUGCUGACGUGGUGAUCAUAGUGACGAGCGCAGACACCACCACCGGUGGGGACUCAGGCCGGGCCCGCGCGGAACUGGCCAUACAGCAUGGCCAACGUCUUGGCCGCAAACUGCAGCGACGGCUUACAAGACAAGCGCUGGCGGAAGCGAAGGCGAUAAAGGAGCAGAUACACGUGCUCGUGUAUGUCGCUGAAUUGAUCGCAACAGACCCAGUCCUAGCCUGGCAAAAAGCCAAGGAACUAUAUGCGUCCCUCUCCAAGCCCGAACCAGAGAACCAAGCGCGUCCCGCCACGCUAGAGGAACUCGUUGUGUUACUGUCCAGGGAAACCGCACGGAAAGUCGUCCAUCUGAUUAACUAUACGCACUCUGAUUUGCCAAAAAAUGUCCGACAAGGUUUGACAGUUGUCACCAGCCAUCUGUCAACCGCCGCCGAGACGUUGCUCAAGACAGUACCGGUGGAAACGGCUCUAUCAGAAGUGAGGAGUUGGCGCGGAAAGCUCAAGGCGCUUCUGCAGCACCUACAGGAUACAUCAAAAACUUACCUAGAACAACUAGCGAUGUUUGUGGCGGGAAAUGAAGAGCGCGAAAAAAUAACGCCGCGUUCAGUGUACGAGCAACGCGAUGACUUGGCGGCCAUUAACGGAUACAACUAAAUUUAGAAAAUUAGUUUUACUUUUUAAAUUAAGGACAUAUCGAAUAUAUUGUUUUAUUUUCUUUUAAUACUCAUGCAUUAUUUCACGAUAAUAUUAUAUUAUAUAACUUUAAAAAUAUAUGUUUUAAUAUCCCCUGAUAUAUUGAUUCAUUUCAAGAAUAUAAUUUUAAAAAAGGUGUUAUUCGUGUUAUUAUAAUGGAUUGGUCAAAUUAAAAUAAAAUAUUUCUUUAAUUAAUAUUAAUAAACUAUAGAAAAUAAAUUGCAAUUUAUGUGAUUAUU